AUGCCACAAUAUGGCGCACGCGCAGCAUCGAACUCCGCAGCCUUUUAUUUUCCAGCACGGCACUCGCCCAAAGCAGUAAUUGCGAGGGAUUUAUUGAGAUCCGUGUGGACGCAGAACCUUUCUCAGGCAGCCAUGGUCGCGACGAAGAGCCGAGUUCCCACGUCUCCGAAGCCCGUGAUGGCUCGGCCGCGCAAAGGAAUGAACAAGGUCGUUGAGAUGAAUGACUUCUGCGCGCGCAUGGUGGUGGAUGACCUCAUCCAAAAUGCUUUGAAGGAGGAUGCCGUGGCCGCGGCGGAGGAGCUGCAGUGCGAGUCGGAGGACGAAGGCUCGGUGGUGGAAGCCUAUGAUGACUAUGAUGAGGACGAUGUGGUGAGCCUCUCAGGCGAAGCCGACUCCGAUGAAGAGGAGGUGGAGACCUUCAACAUGGUUUGCCAGGUCGCAAAACGUGCAGUCACACAAAGCCUUCACCAGGCCAAGUGGAUCAGCUCCAGCGCGCCAGUUGUCAGGCAAAUCCAGACCUUGCCGGCCGACGCGUGGCAAGCCAUCCACGCGCGCUUCCAGGUCAACUCCAUCAGCUCCAGUGCAGCAGUGGGCAGGCAAAUCCAGACCUUGCCGGCCGACGCAUGGCAAGCCAUCCACGCGCGCUUCCAGGUCGCCCCGGUGCCGCAGGUCGAGAAGAUGCAUCUCAAGACCUUGCCAUCCACUGCGUGGGAUGCCAUCCACCAACGUUUCCAGGUCUUGGGUGAAGUGAGCAGGUCUUCGAAGACUCAGCUGCCGUUCCACAUGUCUCCUUCAGUUGGGACCUGGAUGGUGCCACACUUCAAGCCUCGUGAACUUGUGAAGGAGGUGAAGGAAGAGACCGUCGCCAAGAUCGAAGUAAAGGAAGAGGUGAAGACUACUCAGCCAUUGCCGUUCCACAUGUCUCCCUCCGUUGGUACCUGGAUGGUGCCACACUUCAAGCCUCGUGAUCUUGCGCCGGCGCCACCGGCUGCUCCGGCGGCGGUGGAACCCAAGGAAUCGGAGCCCGCACGGAGGAUCAGCACCGCGAAGAGUAAGCGACGCAUCAUCGGUGCCAUCGUGCCGGCCGCUCCCGCGCCCGACGCGGUCGCCCCGACGGAGAAGCGGCCGGAGAACCCGGCGCCGCCGGCGGAGAAGCGGCCGAUGAAUUGGUUCAUGGCUGGCUCGGUGUCGAAUGGCUUGCGUCAGAGAGAAGUGAUGACGUUUAACAUGGCCGAUGAAGAAGACAAGGAGGAGAAGCGCAUGAAGAGGAAGUCUAGCCUCACCAACAUGUUCCAAGCCAUGGGCUCGGCGCAGCUCAUCCGCAUGGACGUGGACGACGACGACGAGGCGACCUUCGAGAGCUUGCGAAACCGCUCGCGGCAGGGAGGAUCCGCAGGGACUUCCCCUGCAACCUCUGCCAUGGCCUUGGAUUUGGGAUUGGACAUGAAGAAGGACCGGCUCGGCAGUUCCAUGGGAGCCAGACACGGCUCGCUGGGCGCUUUGCGGAAGACGCCCUCCGCCUCGCGCCUCGUCGCGCUGCCGGCGCUGCAGAAAGGCAACGGACCGAUGGAUUGGUCUGUGACGAAUUCCAUCAGCGUCACCAGAAAUCAUUCUUGGGCUUUAAAUGCUUCACGCAAGUGA